AUGUGGGCCAGAUCUGACGUCCUCCAGCUCCUCCAGCUGUUGACCAUGAUUGUUCUUGCUAUGGUACAAGCUGCAUGGUGUCUUCUUAUUCACCAAGUGAAUAUGCGCUGGUACGCAGCGUUGACCAGGCCAAUCGAAAAGGAAUUUGAUGUUGCGGCGACGACUGUGGAGGUACCAAAGAUCUUCAAGGAAAUCGACGUUCCGGUUUGA